AUUAAGAUGACUUAAACAGUCCAGUGACAGAAAACAGGAGGGAGUCUGAGGUCCAUCCAUCCUAAUGUGAGUACACCCUCAAACCUCCAACCCUCCUCAUUUUGAGUUUUUUUUUUUUUGUGUGUCUUUACAGAUGGUUUGAAUAUUUGUGGAGUCAUUUUGUUUGUCAAUAUUAACCUUAAAACUGAUGCUGCGAACUUGGAGGCCACAGACUUUAUGGGCCCCUUGUCCUGGACCCAGGAAGACCCAAAUGCACCAGACAAAAUAAAACCCUGAAACCAUGUCCAAGAAAAGGCUGCACAAUUAGGAAUCAAAAAGUGGAGAAAGAAAGGUUAUGCUCAAAGAAGAAGCCAGGACUAUUUAUACACAGACAUUAACAUGAUAAAAACCCAAAAGAUUUCUAAUGGGGCACCUACAGAGGCCUUUCAGGAAUACACUGUGGUACCUGCUGCAGGUUCGUCCAGUUAAUCUUUCCACAUGUUAGCAAAGCUGGAAUCUGUUUUACUGAUAAAAGAAUAUAAGGAAGUUAUAAAAUUUCCUUAUUCUUUUAUCAAAAACACUGAUCUGUUUUACAAGUAUUACUUGUAAAACAGAUCAGUAAAACCUCUCACACCAGUAUGUCCUCCCUUCUCUGAAAAGACAAGCACAUCAGAGCCUCUGCUGUGUGUGGCUGAAGCUUUAGUAUCCUGUGAGACCAAAGGUCAAACCCUCACCUCUAACCUCUGACCUCAUACUUUCAGAAUAUCUAGGUUUGACACAUUAGCAUAGACUCCAGCCUGCUGGCUUUCUGACAGAGCUGUGAAGGAAAGAAAGGAUCUAGCACUGGCCAGUGUCUGCACUUUCCCACCAUCUUAAUGGUUUCUUUUCAUUCUAUUGGCCAGUUAAUGACACCUGCCCUGCCCCUCGGUGGACACCUGCCCAAAUGGAAAGAGGGAUGUGUUUCAGGGCUGUGUCAAAGAGGAGUUGUUGAUGGGGGAAACUUUAAACUGUGAACAUUGUUUCAGUGACGUACCUGGUGCAAUGCAUGUCUUCCUUCACAGAGAGACUGGCCUGUUGUUGGAGCUCUGUGUGUUCCUGCCUCAUGUGUGCCUGCCACUGUAGAAGCCACCUGAAGCCUCUCGGAAUAAUUCAUGGGUGACCACCAGAGGUCAGUACGCGCCUCUCUCAUCCGCUCCGCUGUACUGCCCGGUGUCUGCCGCGAGGGGAAGCAGCGUCCCCCCGCGGCAGACACCGGGGUCUGAUGGCAGGAUGGCGGAGGCAGGGGUACCGGAGUCCGCUGCGGCCCGGUGCCCGGACGAGUCAUCGGACAGUGAGCCGGAACAGGAGCCCGGAACUCCGCAGAAACUCAUCCGAAAAGUGUCGACGUCCGGCCAGAUCCGCAGCAAGACGGUGUUGAAGGAGGGAAACCUGCUGAAACAGACGAGUUCAUUCCAGCGCUGGAAGAGACGAUACUUCAAACUGAGAGGGAGGACGCUGUACUACGCUCAGACCGCUAAGUCGAUCAUCUUUGACGAAGUCGACCUGACUGACGCCAGCGUCGCAGAGUCCAGCACCAAGAACGUCAACAACAGCUUCACCGUGAUCACGCCCUGCAGGCGCCUCAUCCUGUGUGCAGACAACAGGAAGGAGAUGGAGGAGUGGAUGGCAGCGCUGCGCAGCGUCCAGAACAGGCAGAACUAUGAGUCCACCCAGUACAGCAUGGACCACUUCAGUGGAAUGCACAACUGGUACGCCUGCUCACACGCCAGACCCACAUACUGCAACGUGUGCAGGGAGGCGCUGUCUGGGGUCACAUCACACGGUCUCUCCUGUGAAGUGUGUAAAUUUAAGGCUCAUAAACGCUGCGCGGUCAGAGCCACCAACAACUGUAAGUGGACGACUCUGGCUUCUAUCGGGAAGGACAUCAUAGAGGACGAGGAUGGGGUCUCGAUGCCUCAUCAGUGGCUGGAGGGAAACCUGCCGGUGUCGGCGAAGUGUACUGUGUGCGAUAAAACGUGCGGCAGCGUGCUGCGGCUGCAGGACUGGAGGUGUCUGUGGUGCAAAGCCAUGGUACACUCCGGCUGUAAGGAGCAGCUGUCCUCCAAGUGUCCUCUGGGUCAGUGCAAAGUGUCCGUCAUCCCUCCCACAGCGCUCAACAGCAUCGACUCAGAUGGUUUCUGGAAGGCGUCGUGUCCUCCAUCCUGUACCAGCCCUCUGCUGGUAUUCGUCAACUCUAAAAGUGGAGACAAUCAGGGUGUGAAGUUCCUGCGACGCUUCAAGCAGCUGCUGAACCCGGCACAAGUGUUUGACCUGAUGAACGGAGGGCCUCACCUAGGUCUGCGGUUGUUCCAGAAGUUCGACACCUUCAGGAUCCUGGUGUGUGGAGGAGACGGCAGCGUCGGCUGGGUGCUGUCUGAGAUCGACGCGCUCACGCUGCACAAACAGUGCCAGCUCGGCGUUCUUCCUUUGGGAACUGGGAACGACCUGGCCCGGGUUCUGGGUUGGGGUUCCGCCUGUGACGAUGACACCCAGCUGCCACAAAUUCUGGAGAAACUGGAGAGAGCCAGCACCAAGAUGCUUGACAGGUGGAGCAUCAUGGUCUAUGAGACUAAGUUUCCACGGAAACACUCUGCAUCCACGGUCACUGAGGACUGCAGCGAUGACUCUGAGGUCCAGCACAUUCUCACCUAUGAAGACUCAGUGGCUGCUCACCUGUCAAAGAUCCUGACCUCAGACCAGCACUCUGUGGUCAUCUCCUCGGCUAAAGUUCUGUGUGAGACCGUGAAGGACUUUGUGGCCCGGGUUGGUAAAGCUUACGAGAAGAACACGGAAAGUUCAGAGGAGUCAGAGGCCAUGGCCAAGAAGUGUGGUGUGCUGAAGGAGAAGCUGGACUCCUUACUGAAGACUCUGAAUGAGGAGUCUCAGGCAUCCUCCGUGCUACACCCAGCUCCUCCCCCCACCAUUGCUGAGGAGCAAGAAGAGAUGGAGGGAGUUGUCCUGCCUCCUCUUCAUCUCCCUCCACCUCAUGUGCUGCCCAGCUCCGCCCCCUGCUCUCCACGACCCACCCCCUCCACCUCCUCCUCAGUGGCGGCAGCUGCCAUCUUUAAACCUCGAGAGCAGCUGAUGCUGAGAGCCAACAGCCUGAAGAAGGCCAUCCGGCAGAUAAUCGAGCACACGGAGAAAGCCGUGGACGAGCAGAACGCUCAGACUCAGCAGCAGCAGGUCUUCUCUCUGAGCCGAGCCGAGGAGGAGGGGCUGGUGGAGGAGGAUGAGGAGGAAGACGUGGAAGAGGACAAGAUGUCCCUGCAGUCGUCUUACAGCUCCAAGCAACGCGGCGCUCGCAGAGUCAGUAAGACGCCCUGCGAGAAGCUCAUCAGCAAAGGCAGCCUGUCACUGGGCAGCUCUGCAUCACUUCCUGUCCAGACAGGAAGUAGGGACAACAUGCCCAUGCUCAACACAAAGAUUCUGUAUCCUGGCUCUCUGUCCAGCAGCUCUGUCAUCAGCCGAUUGCUGGUCAAUGCCGACCCGUUCAGCUGCGACCCCGAUAACAUGGACUGCUACACUGAGAAAUGUGUCAUGAACAAUUACUUCGGCAUCGGACUGGACGCCAAAAUCUCUCUUGACUUCAACAACAAGCGGGAUGAACAUCCGGAGAAGUGCAGGAGUCGCACCAAGAACAUGAUGUGGUACGGAGUGUUAGGAACCAAGGAGCUGCUGCACAGAACCUACAAGAACCUGGAGCAGAGAGUCCUGCUGGAGUGUGAUGGUCGGCCAAUCCCUCUGCCCAGUCUGCAGGGAAUCGCUGUGCUGAACAUCCCGAGCUAUGCAGGAGGAACCAACUUCUGGGGAGGCACCAAAGAGGAUGACACCUUCACAGCUCCGUCCUUUGAUGAUAAGAUCCUGGAGGUGGUAGCCGUGUUCGGCAGCAUGCAGAUGGCCGUCUCCCGAGUCAUCAACCUGCAGCACCACCGCAUCGCACAGUGCCGGACAGUGAAGAUCACCAUCCUAGGGGACGAGGGUGUCCCGGUUCAGGUGGACGGGGAGGCCUGGAUCCAGCCUCCGGGAUACAUAAAGAUCAUCCAUAAGAACCGGACCCAGACUCUGACCCGAGACCGAGCAUUUGAGAGUACUCUGAAGUCCUGGGAGGACAAACAGAAAUGCGAGUUUCCCCGGGCACCACCGCAGCCCCCGCUGUCCUCCCAGCCUGAGAUUGUCUCCGAGGAAGAGGCGUUGCUUAUCAGCGAGUUCGGUCAGGCAGCUGGAGCGCUCAUACACAGUAUCCGUGAAGUCGCUCAGUCUCACCACAGCUUGGAACAGGAACUGGCUCACGCUGUCAAUGCCAGUUCCAAGGCUAUGGAUGUGGUCUACGCUGACUCCAAGAGCUUCAGGGCUCUGAGCUGCAGCGUGGUCAUUCAGAUGGUCAAUAACGUCAAAGCUUUACUGAGUGAGACCGAGCUCCUCCUGGCUGGAAGGAUGUCCAUGCAGCUAGAUCCUCCUCAGCAGGAACAGCUGAAUGCAGCUCUGAGUUCUGUGGCUCAGCAGCUCCGCCGCCUGGCUGAUGUUCCCUGGUUGUGUCCCAUAAUCGAUCCAUCAGACCACGAGGGUCCUCUGACUGAUUUCUCAAAGCGUACUCGGAGCGCGAAGUUCCGCCUCGUCCCGAAGUUCAAGAAGGACAAAAACAACAAGAACAAAGAGAUGUGUGCUACAUUCUCUCUGCCAGUUCACCAGUGGGGGACGGAGGAGGUGGGGGCAUGGCUGGACUUUCUCUGUCUCACUGAGUAUAAGGACAUCUUUAUUGGACACGAUGUCCGCGGAGCUGAGCUCAUCCACCUGGAGAGGAGGGACUUGAAGGACCUCGGAGUGACGAAGGUGGGCCAUAUGAAGAGGAUCCUGCAGGGCAUCAGAGAGCUGAACAGGAACAGCAGUGCCAGCGAGGCCUAACUGCUGCCAGCAACAGCUGCCUCCUCUCCUCCUAUCUGUGCUGCUAUUCACCACCUCAUCCACCUGACCUUUGACCCUGGAUCAACGCUGCAGCCUACAGAACCAGGUUUAGACUUCUGUGACCGUCUGCGCUGGUUCUCGGUAAACUGACUCAACCUCUCCACAGCAACACCCAGAACUGGCAGGAGAAACAACCAAUCAGAUGACCUGAUAGUGCCUUGUCACUCCGCCCCACCAGCCAAGGGAGGAGGGUGGGGUUUAUCAAUUAGAACAUUUGUCUACCUGUGAUUGGUGGAGCCAGAAAACGUCCAGACUGUCAGGUUGACGGCUCGGCGUCUCCUUCCUACAAGUGUCUCUGCGACGUUUCAGGAGUCAGAAAAACUCGAAAACCUGGCGCUGAGAUAUUUUACCUGAGUCCGCUGCCAGGUGGAGUUAGAACAUCCUCACUAGUCUGAGUGUCAGAGCAGAGUGCAGCUCCACCACCUGACCAAUCACGAGCCUCAGUUGGUGCCUGAAGUGUGUUUCCACUUUUAAACUUCUAAGAGAACCAGCUCCCAUCUACAGGACUGAGGUGCUCACCUGUGAGCCAGUCACCUGAGCAGCUGACUAGUCACAGGUGACUCUGGUCCCUGACAUGUUUGAAACCCUUUAAAUAACUUUUUCUUGCCAAACAGAAACUCUGUGACUUCAUCAAGCAAAGUUUGGGUCACCUGAAGGGUGGACGCCUGAGGGAGGGGCUGUUUUAUAGUAGAUCAGAUAUUUAUUUCUGUAUGAACUGACUUCUGGAGUCCAGGAAGUGUCCUUACAAAGUGGUGUAUCGAGGAGAUGCUGGGGGGAGGUCAGGUGACCCUGAGUUUACAGUUUACUGGCGUUUAAGGGACCAAAGACAGUUUGAAUUCACUGAGUUUGUUUCAAUUGUGUUUGUGUGGAAAGGCAGAGACACCUGUGGAUUCUUCUUCUGUGGUUUUAGAGAAGCCUUAACCUCAGCGAUGAAUAGCGUCUUCAUCAGCUUUUUAAACUCCAGCCUUUCUCCGGUUGCAGCUUCGUGUUUCAUAUUGUUCUGGUUUUCUUCUGUUGUUUAUUUAAAGAUGAACUUAUCAUGCCAGAACUUCCUCCUGCCCGUGAAUCUCACCCUGCGCCCUGUGGCAUCAGAACACCCGGUGAUGUCAGAGCGUCCUUUACCAGGAGGCGGUGUGCCAUGAACCAUACGUUUGGAGUUUGGUGUUUACCUGAGUCCAAAUGAGCCUUAAAUGCACCGUCAGGUCUGUUGUUUCACCUGAACGCUGCGAUCUGAUGUCAGCUGUUGUAAAUGUUUUGUAAGGAGUGCAGACGUGUUGGGUUAAUAAAGCAGCUCUGUGUCUGUG